ACACACCACCCCUUCCUUUGCCGUUAGCAAAACAGUUCCGCAUGUUGCUAACUAGCUAAAGUUUACAACAAACAUAAGUUAUUCACCCAUAUUAACCGAAUCAACGUUGAAUAUAACUCGUUUAAUCAGAUAAUAUUCAGUCUUAAGUUGUUUUAACUAAACGCGGAUGAGAAGAAAUAACGAGGACUAGCGUUAGCUGAACAUGCUAACUAACGCUAACUACUUACCAUUAGCCAGCUACUGUUAGCUAUGAUGGCUGCACCAGCGAUUUCUGCUACUGUGUUCAGUCAAAAGCAAAGGAGGGCUGCUCUGAGGAAAGAGAGAAGAAAAAGGAAACGCCAAGCUCUCGCCCAAGCCAGAGAAUGUGGUUUAAAAAUUGGAGCAAGCUGUACACCUGAAGAAGAAGAAGAAGAAGAAGAAGAAAGAAAUGAUGAAAAUGAAAAGGAUUAUGAUGUUGCAGAGCAAGAAAGACUGCAGCUACAUGAAGAGUGGUUGGAAAGAGAGAGGCUUGCGCAGGAGGAGUUCAGGAUGAGGGCUGAGAGGGAGGAGUCUGCAAGGAAAAGAAAAGAGGAGGAGGAGCGGAUGAUAAAGGAGGAAUGGGAGGCCCAGCAGAAGAAAGAACAAGACGAAAAAGAGCAGAAGCAACAGGACAAGCGAGACAGAGAGGAGGCCGUUCAGAAAAUGUUGGAUGAAGCUAAAAAUCAGCUAGAAAAUGGAGAACCGUGGAUGAAUCCCGAGGCUCCUGUGUCAAAGAACUCUGUUAACUUUGGAACAGAGCGCGACGUAGCCAACUGUCCCUUCUUCCUGAAGACUGGGGCAUGUCGAUUUGGCGACAGAUGUUCUCGGAAGCACGUUUAUCCCACAGCCAGCCCAACUCUGAUGAUUCGCGGUAUGUUUACAACGUUUGGCAUGGAGCAGUCACGCCGAGAUGAUUACGAUGUUGAUGCUUGUUUGGAACACAGCGAGGAGGAGCUGCAGGAGUCUUUUCUCGAGUUUUACCACGACGUCGUGCCGGAGUUAAAGAGUGUCGGCAAGGUGGUGCAAUUCAAGGUCAGCUGCAAUUAUGAACCACACCUGAGAGGAAAUGUUUACAUUCAGUUUGACACAGAGGAGCAGUGUAAAGAGGCCAUCAUCAAGUUCAAUGGGAGGUGGUACGCAGGCCGGCAGCUUCAUUGUGAGAUGUGUCCAGUUACAAGGUGGAAGAAUGCUAUAUGCGGAUUGUUUGACAGACAGAAGUGCCCCAAAGGGAAACACUGUAAUUUCCUGCAUGUAUUUCGAAACCCUGGCAAUGAAUUCUGGGAGGCUGACAGAGACCUGCACAUGUCACCAGACGGCAGCGUCAGGGGGAGUCGCAGAGACGGGUGGCAUUCAGAGCGAUAUGGAGACAGAUCGUGGAGGCAACGUCAGCGCAGCAGAAGCCCGCCGAGAUCCCACAGCAGACGAGAGAGCGACCGGAGAAGGAGCAGAGAGACGAGCAGAGAGAUGAGCAGAGAGACAAGGGCCUCCCAACAGUACAGAGAGGACAAACGCUCAUCCAGACACAGUGACAGUAGGAAAGAUUGGUAUCGAAGUAGAGACAGGUCAAGGAGUCAAAGUAGAGACAGAGAGCAAGACACACCAAGAAAUAGGAGUAGAGAUAAAGACAGGGAGCACAAGUAUAAGAACAGAAGUGAAAAGAGAGCCAGUAGAGACAAAGAUACGGACACUCACAGAGCAAGAGAAAGGUCAAAAAGCACUAGCCGAGAAAGAAAGAAACAAAGUGGAGAAAUGAGCCCCCAGAAACCAGAUACUAAUGAGAAACCCACUAAUGAGGGUACCAACACACGCCGGCGCCACAAACAGUCAAAAAAGAGCAAGAAGAAGAGCAAGAAGAAGCAUAAGAAGAAAAGCCAUUUACCAGAAGUGACAACUUCAUCUGGAGAGUCAGAAAAGGAGGAGGAGUCCGAGGAAAAGACGGUGGAGAAUCUCACUGCAACAAGUCCCAUUGAGGAGAUAAAGAAGGGAUUAGAGUUCAUUCAGGAAAAAAAUGACGUGGAUGAGAGUCCAUGCGUUGACUGUGAAAUGUUUAGUCCUGAGGUAAAAAUUGAGCAAUCAAACACAGGAAUGCCAAGUGAAGCCGCUGGAAAAGUUGACAGGAGUACAUCUUAGGGGCUCAGAAAUUUCAAAAUCAUCUGAAUUUAUUCUAGCUUUUCUCCUUUUAAAUAUGUGAAUGUGUAAGGAGGAAUGAAUGACGUGUUUUGAGCAGUGAUGCAGUAAGUUAGCACUCCUGUCACCAUCAUUUACAUAUGUGAAUAUUUAGCUUUUGGAAUACGGUCAAUGUUGCUUUAAUUUUAAUUUAACACCCAAUCACCAGAGCUGCAGCACUCCAAGAUUAUUGUUGCUUAGGAAAAACAAUAUUAAACAAGAGAUUAACAAGUUUUUUUUAAUACAUUUAUUGUUCACUUUCAAAUAUAAGAAAAAAUGUUGGCAAAUUAGUUGGCAGUGUUUAAUACAAAAGUGAUAUAAGAUGAACUUGUUGAAUAAUCAUGAAUGUCCAACAAAAAAACACUGGUUUUAAAAAUGCAGAUAAAAAAGUUUGACUGUCAUACAGUUUGGAUUAGCAUCUAUUUGUUACCUGCUGGCUGGUUUUCCUGCAUCCUACCUACAUCCUGCUGUUCUAAAUCCCUUUUCUGCAAUUUUAGCUUUCCAUAGACACCAUUGAGAAGGUAAAACACAGUUCUUUGGUCAUAUGUUAGUCUUUAAGCCAAAGUAUAAUACAGAAAAUGGUUUGUGGGUCACUGUCCUUUCCUGACCUAAGACUAAGGGAGAGACUGACCUUAGGUUUAUCUCCAAAGGUCAUUAUGAAAAUAAAUGUUAAACAAAUGUUUUUAUCAGGACAAUAAAUCCAUUGUCAGAAAAAGACAAGAUGACAAUUUUAACAAACGUGACACUAAUUACACACAGCAACUGCUCAUGUUUAACUAAAGUAAACAGAGCAUUGAAAAGGAAAAAUGAAAUGGUUAAUUCUUGGAGGGGAAUCCCCAAACACAACUAGAAACCUUAACAUACACGGGUAUUGAUGAUGGGUGAUUGUUUAAUUUCACCUAACUGGUGGAUUGAACUUACCCGUGUGAUAACAGCGUCAGUGUUUCCCACAACAGCACUAGCCCCCCCCCGGGCCUCAUGUAUUACCAUUACGUUUGAGUCACAGAGCUGAGCUCCAGAUUCUUCCAGAAGAAAAAAAAUGCCCAAUGAUCUUUUAUUAAGUCAUUGGUCAACAGGUCAUUUGGCAACAGUUACUGCUAUUCUGAAGAUAUUUCCAGAGUCCUCAAAGACUCUAACUUCUAACCAUCUGGCUAAAAAAAGAAGGCCAUCCUCUGAUUUAAGUUG